AUGGUUCAGUUUGGAUUCCAUGACAUCCAUGGCAAGCUGGUUCGCAAGUAUGAUGCCAGUGAAGACCUUUCCCUUUCUAGCGAAAUAAAUGCAAUCAAGGUCUACGGUCGAAUUGAUUUCACCUUGAAUAGCUACAAGCAAUUCACAUCGAUGCUGAGAAGAUCUUCCAAUAAGUUCAACAAAAUUACCUUAGCAGACAUCCCGGAGGAUCAGUCGCCUGAAUUUCUGGCAUUCUUGGUGCUCAUUUCCAACAAAGCCAAAAGUCUAGAGUUCACAGGCAACUGCCAACUUACAAGGUACUCAACUACCUGUUUGAUGUCCACCUUGCUUCAAUGGAACGGGAUUCAAGAACUGGUACUCGAUGGACAGAUUCCAAUGACCACUGCCAAAGCGAAGUUACUAUUCGAAGGUGUGGCUUCUUCUCCAUGCCUGGAGGUUCUAAGCUUGCACCGGCAGUUUGAUGACCAACAAGUUGCUGGUGAUCUUUUGAUUCGUGCAUUGAGUCAAAAUCGUAGCUUGGAGCGCCUUGAUAUGACCCUUUUGCCUUCUGUGGAACGCCCGGGUUUUUUUUCCAAGAUUUUGGAAUGCUGCGAUUCUAAAGACAAAAUUGAAGCAUCUUUCCUUACGCGCAUAUCGAUACCAACUGCCACUAGAAGUCAUGAAGGAUGUUCUUUGCUAUAG